CCUAACACUACCCUGUCUGGUCUGUAGGCCUUGCCGAAAUCGUCAGAGCCCCAUCCAAGGGGCCUGCGCUGGAGCAAAGCUGAGUUCACACUUGGCUUUCUCAGCCUACCGUCACCAGCCCUGGCUUCCUUAGCCAUAACGGUGCGGGAAAAGGGUCUGCUGUCGCGUGGGGACUGCAUCGGCAUUGGCGUCUCGCUUCUGACCCUUUGCUAGCUGCGGGCCCACGGCGCGAGGAGCGGCAGCUGUAGCGGACGCGGCGCGGCGCCAUGGAGAGCUAUGGCGACGACGACUACGAGGACGCGCACGGAUCAGACAGGCACUCCCGCCACACGCGCAGCAGCUACAGUGACUCCGAGCCCCCCUCGGCGCGCGGGCGCGGGUCUCACGGCGCGCGGUACGAGGAGGAGGAGGGGGAUGGGGGGGAAGGGGACGAGGCGUAUGAGGAGGAGAAUGGGGAAGAGGGGUACGACGAUGGGCGCAGCAGCCACAGGGACGGCGGAGAUCCGCUCUUCCACUCCGCGGAGUUCCCCAUGGGGGGAAACCCAGCGUCGGGCAGCGAGCGGGGCUCGCGCGCGAACUGGGACGCGUCCACAGAAGACUCGUACGACCGCCGCGACCGGCCGCGCGACGCUGACCGCGGCCACGAUCGCGACGGCGACGGCGACGACGACGACGGCGACUACGGCGACCAGGGCUCCCCGCGGUCGCAGGCGAGCUACCGCUCGGGGUCGUACCGCGAGGGGGGCAGCCGCCAGCAGGCGCAGCGGCGCAGGGGGGGGCGGGAUGACGACGAGGGGUACGGGGAGGAGGAUGAUGAGGAGUAUUACGACGACGGGGACGAGGACUACGGGCGCACGGAGACGUACAAACGCGCGGGGUCGUUUUCGCGCACGGGGACGUUUUCGCGCACGAUGACGUUCUUUGGGCGCAGCCUGACGCGCACCAACACCAUGUCGAAGAACCUGUCAAGGAACCUCACGCGCAGCAUCACGCGGCAGUACAAGUUCGAAACGGAAGAGGAAGUGGAGGAGGCGGCGGCGGCGAUGGAGGAGGCGCGGCGGCAGCGGCUGGAGAAGGGCGACGGGGCGCUGGAGGACGCGACGACCAAGGUGGUGGAGAGCACGUCCAAGCUCGCGCGCACCAUGACCAUGGCUGCCGCUGCGCCCGUCGUUGCUGUGCUCGAGAACGAGCAAGUGCAGAAGCAACUCAAUUUCUUCAAGGAGCGCGCGCUCACCAUGGCAGUGGGCCGCCCCGACUGGCACCCCGAGCCCCCCAAGGUCCCCCUGCCCGCGGCCUGCAACUGCUGCUCGCUGCUGAUCAUCUUCCUCGUGCUGCUCCUCCCGGGCCUCCUCUUCUUCGACGUCACCCGUCAGCCCGUCAUGAGCGUCUACGUGACUGCCAUUGCCACGCCCGCGGGCCCCCAGAUGCCGCCCUUGAACCUGCCACCGCUGGGGCAGGUGUGCAGCUCGGGGGGGUUUGGCGCACAGGCAGUGAACCCGGGCGUGAAGACGAUUAAUAGCACCUGGUGGAGCAAUGCGCUGGCGGAUGGCGCUCAGAUCCAGCUGCAGUCGUACGGCAACCUGUGGGUGUCCCCACAGCCGCCCAAUGGCCUGCUCAAGGGCGUUGUCAAGCAGAUCCCAGGGACGCCCCCUCCCCCUUACACCACGCCCCCGGGCUCCCCCAUAGUCGUCCUCCCUGAAGCGCCCGCCACCAGCAACACCCAGUCCCCUCCCCCUGGUCCCGCCUUCCCCCCGCCCUCCCCUCCCCCCAUCGCUCCGCCCCCGCCCUAUGUGCCGCCGCCGCUCUCCCCCCCACCAACCUUCCCCCCUCCCGCGCCCCCUUCCCCUCCUCCAGCGCCCUACGUCACCCCUCCCCCAGCCCCGCCUCCCCCCAUUACUCCCCCAUCGCCGCCCGCCCCUCCUGCCUCCCCCCCGCCCCCAUCCCCGCCCUUGGCUCCCCCGCCCCCUUUCGUUCCCCCGCCUCCCCCUUCCCCGCCUCUCCCCCCUGGUGCCAUCCCCGCGCCAACCCUCCCCCCUGGGGUGUACGCCCCCCCGCCUCGCAAGAACCUGCCACCAUAUAUCCCUGGGAUGACAGGAGCGAUUAACAUGGGUGAGAAUGUGAUUCUUGACAUUAGCAAGGUGAAUGCAGUGGUGGUGUACGGUGAGGAUGACAUGGGGCAUGUUACCAGAGGCUCCUUUAUAGCGAAUUCCUUCUACGUGGAUGUGAUUGUAACGGGGAAAGGUCAGGAACGGGGCUCGUAUGCAGCAGAGUUGUGGAAUGAGGGGAACAAAACAGUGGAGUUUCAACCCGGCCCGGUUAUCGACAGCCUCUUAAGCCGCCGCCGCUCCAUCGGCGAACUCUCUUACCUAAAAGUGCUUAACGGGACGUUCCUGGGGGGGAAUUCGGACAGCAAGUACGGGAGCACAGCCAAGCUCGCAGACAACACGACUAAGGACAUAGGGGGUCUGCCUGUAUGGGGUACAAUCCUGGACGGGGUCCUCUACAACAACACGAUUGAAAUCACCAAGGACAACCGCCCACGAUUUGGCUAUGGCUACACCCCUCCCCCUACCGGCUCCUGGUUCGGAGGCGGCGGCCGCCGCAGGCUCCUCCAAGCAGCCGACCCUCCCCCGUCCCCUCCCCCCACUCCUGCUACCGGCGCUUCCAAGCCGAAGCCUGCUCCCCCUCCGCCAGGCGCCCCCGCCGCCUCUCCAUCUGAUAGCGGGGGCCCGUUUGGGGCGUAUGGGCGCGGGCCGCUGGGGCUGAACACGAACACGGCCCCGGGCGUGAAUGAGUUUUUCACGGUGGUGAGGGUGAACAAGACAUCGUUCCGGCUGAAGGCGCCCAACGGGAACUGGCUGACUGUGAACAAGGACAGUGCGCUCGUGGCCACGGAGACUGGCAAGACGGCCGAAGGGAUCUUCGCCGCAGAGAUGGUGGGGCAGCAGCAGAUAGUCCUGCGCACGUAUGACGGCGGGGUAGUGGGGUGGAGGAACGCGGACGCUGUGGGGCAGCUGCAGGUGCAGCGCAGCAAGAACGCAUUCGACGCCAUGGGCGGGGGGCCCCCCGGCGCGCAGUACACGUGGAACGUGCGGGAAGUCACGCAGGUGGCUCGCAUCCGCGGCAUGAACAUGGGAGGGUGGCUGGUGCUGGAGCAGUGGAUGACCCCCGACAUGUAUGAUGGCGUGCCGGACCUCGUCGACGGCUGGGAGCUCAAGUUCAAGUCCGUGGCCAAUGGGAAGUACCUCCGUGCCACCGUCACCGGCGACCACAAGCUGCGGUGCACGGGGGACGGCGGCAGCAUAGACGGGGACCACUUUGUGAUCCGCAGGGUGGACGGUGCAGGGGGCAAGGUGCAGGUGCGCCUGUGGAAGUCGGGGCUCUUCGUGCAGGCGCAGGGCGGCGGGGGCGGCGCUGUCAUCACCCAGUUCGACAUGCCCCGCGCUGACAGCAGUGACGUGUGGACCAUGGAGGUGUCGUCGGACAGCAGCAAGGCGCAGUUCAGGGCCAACAACGGCAUGUACCUCAACGUGCAGGGGGACGAGGUCGCUGCCUCCGCCUCCUCUGGCUCCUUCGACGGCUCCACCGCCUUCUACAUCGACCGAGUGACGUCGGUGCAGGGCGAGUGGCAGACGGCAGCGUACGCGCGCGACUCGGCGAACCGGCUGCAGGGGCACUGGAAGUCGUUCAUCAGCGAGGACGACUGGCGGUACCUGGGCGAGCAGGGCAUCAACACCGUGCGCAUCCCCGUGGGCUACUGGAUCAUGCAGGGCAACGAGCCUGACUGGCCCUUUGUGCCGGGGACUGAUGCUGUGCUCGAUAGUGCAUUCUCCAUGGCAGAGAAGUACUCUAUCCGCAUCUGGCUGUCAAUGCACAGCGCCCCCGGCGGGCAGAACCACGGCAGUGAAAGCUCGUCGCGGGACGGAGCAGCGGACUGGCAGCGCUACGACGGCAACAUCAACAAGACGCUCGACUGCAUCGAGUGGCUCGCCAGCAGGUACUCCAAGAGCCCAGCGCUGUUCGGCAUCGGGCUGCUGAACGAGCCCAACACGGACAUGGUACCGCUGGGGACGGGCGGCAGCCCCAGCGGGCGGCUGAAGCAGUACAUGCUGGACGCGUACCACCUCGUGCGCAAGUACUCGCCCUGCGCGUUUGUUGGCAUCUCGCCGCUGCUGGGGCAGCCCCCGGCCACCGACAUGACUGGCUUCAUGACCAAUGCGCUGGAGUUCAACAACGUGAUGAUAGACGUGCACUACUACAACGUGUUUGACCCGGACAUCAACACCAACCCCAGCUUCCAGGCGCAUGUCGACUAUGUGCACAACCAGCGCGCCAACGAGCUCAAGGCGCUCUCCGAAGGCGACCGCACUGUCCUUGUCGGUGAGUGGUCCCUGGCCCUGCCGGACUUUGUGGGGGCGAGUGAGGGGGACUACGGGGUGUUCAGCCAGGCGCAGCUGGAGGUGUACAACAACGCCACGGGCGGGUGGUUCUUCUGGUCCUUCAAGGUGGACGCCAACUCGCGCGGCGUGCCCAACUGGGCCAUGGUCACCGCGCAGAACAAGGGCUGGCUCACAUACUGAGGGGGUUGGGCGGAAAAGGGGGAUGGGGGAGGGGGGGAUGGCUACAACAAAGGCUUGACUGACUGAUCGGACCUGACUGACAGUCUCCUGUGCUGUCUGUCUGCCUUUAUGCCUGUCUCGCUUAGUAUUUGGGACUACGGUGGGUGGGUAGCUGUUGAUUGUUGACUUGUGGAUGGGGGUGGUGGUUUCAGGCUGUGGAAUGUGAGGUGAUCGGUGGGUGGUAUUUAUUCUGGCUUCUUCUGGGUGUAAUAAUUGCAAGUUGGUAUUGGCAUAUCACCUUGCUAGGUUUUGUCACUAUUGUAUGGGAUGGGAUGUCUGUGCUGACAGUGGUAGGAGAAAUCACUAGCAGCGGGAAGUGGAGUCACUAACUGGCCGUUGUCAGGCACUUGUAGUGUAAUACUAUGGGGCCGAAGUUGGGGUCGGAUCACCUCGCAUAAAUUUCAGAUCCACAUUUCUCGUAGGACGUAUAUAUACAUGCAUUCCGUGCCACAUUU